CUCACAUUUAACAUCAUAUCUUAAUAUCCAUAUCAACAUCCAGCCAUGACUCAAACUGCUGCUGCUCCCGUUAACACCGUUGUCCCCAAUGAGAAGAUCAGCGAGACUUUCAAGGACAAUAUCGACCUUGCUGUUGCUACCCGUGGAGGCAAGGUCUUGACCGUUUCAGACGAAUGGUUCGCUGAGGCCAAGAAUCUCUUGACUGCUGCUGCACCCAUCCAUGCCCCAGGACGCUUCGUUCCCACUGGCGCUUGGUAUGAUGGCUGGGAAACUCGCCGUCACAAUGCUCCCAACUUUGACUGGUGUGUAAUCCAGCUCGGAUAUGCUGGUCACAUUGCUGGUUUUGAAAUCGACACUGCUUACUUCACUGGUAACCACGCACCCUUCGUCUCUGUUGAGGGCUACACUGAGACCUCGGCUUCAAAGGCUAGCGCUCGUACACAUGAGGAGUGGGCUGCAGUUGAAUGGGCCCCAGUCUUGACCAAGGUUCCUCUCAACCCCGGCUCUCGUCAUGCUUUCAAGCUUGAGCAGCCCACAACCGAUUAUUAUACCCACAUCCGCUUCUGCAUGUACCCUGACGGUGGUGUUGCCCGUCUUCGCGUCUAUGGAAAUGUUCAUCAGAUUCACCCCGCCAACAAGCACGAGAUCUAUGACUUGGCUUCAGCUGCUGCAGGAUCUGUCGUCACCGACUUCUCGGAUGCUCACUUCGGUCACCCCUCCAACAUGCUUCUUCCUGGACGCGGCCAUGACAUGUCUGAUGGAUGGGAGACCAAGCGUUCUCGUGCUCCUGGCCAUGUUGAUCACUGCACAAUUCGUCUCGGUCAACCUGGACAUGUUACUGACAUUGAAGUGGACACUGCUCACUAUAUGGGUAACCCCCCCAAGGCUGUCACCAUUGCUGGAUUUGAGAUUGGCUCAGAUUCCCCCAUUGUGCUCUUGGAUCAGGCCCCUAUGACCCCCCAUCGCCAACACUUCUUCAAGGUUCCCGCCGACUUGACCGAGAAGCGCAUUGCCAAGAUUCAGGUUGUCAUGAUCCCUGACGGCGGUAUCAAGCGUGUCCGUAUCUGGGGUGCUGCUCAGCUCCCUGCUGUUGAGCCCGAAAAUUCUUUGAUCGGUGUCCGCCAAGAAUUGCCUGAUGAGCACACCUGGAACCAGAAGAAGUAA